ACGCUAGGUGGUCUCGGUCGCGGUGGUGCCGAUCGGUGGUGCAUCGAAAUCGGAUCGUUCCGGAAAAUCGACUGGUCAGAUAACUAACCACCUGGCACAAUGCGGCCCGGAUCGCUCGCGUGCCUCUUCAUCGUCGUUACCUUCGUCUCGGCGAAGACGGUCGACCUGUCGUUUCGCGGAUUAAAGAAGGAGGAUUUCUUCGUGAGACUCCAGUCGCAGAUUAAUCUGCAGGAAGUGACGGAUCUCAAUUUGAGCGGGAACAAAUUUGACAGCUUCCUCGACUGCUCCACCAAUCUGGAAGCACUAAGAACGCUGGAUCUGUCGCAGAAUCACCUCCAGCGGUUCUUCUUCCUCUGUAAGGACGAGUAUAACCUGCAGGUAUUGAACGUGAGCCACAAUAUGUUGGAGUACAUCGACGACAAUUCUCUCAACGACCGAGUACCGAAGCUGAAGAUAUUGGAUCUCUCCUACAACAAGCUCACCAUCGUCAACGAGACCAUGUUGGAACAUCUAACGAUCCUCGAGUAUCUGUCCUUGUCCCACAACCCCAUAGGGUACGGCAUACACAACGGGGCGUUUUGGAACCUAAAGGCGCUCAGAUACCUCGAGUUGCGGAACAUAUCCGCGCCGUUCUUCUCCGCCGAGUUCUUCAAGACCUUGGGGAACCUGUCGAGCUUGGAUCUGUCGUGGAAUCCGAUUGACGAGAUACCGCUGUUGCCGAUGAAGUUGCAGCAGCUGGACUUGUCCGGCACGCAAGUGAUAAGUCUGGAGAACCUGUACCUACCGCAGCUACGAGAACUGAAACUGGAUCAUAUGCCGAACCUGACGUCGUUGACCCUGAACGACCUCGAGAAUCUCACCAGUCUGGAGACGUUAUCGAUGAUCGGUUGCAAACGACUGAUACAGUUGAGCUUUUGGCCCCAGAGCGGAGUCGUGCUGCCGCGACUGCAACGCCUCUCGAUAAAAGAGAGCGGCCUCACGACACUCGGCGUCGAGCUGAGCGCGUUGAUGCAACGGGUACCGGUGAUCGAGGUGGAGGGCAACCCGUGGAAAUGCGACUGCAAAAUGGAAUGGAUCGACUCGCUGAACGCGACGAGGCAUCUCAGCCGAGAUAUCAGAUGCCACGCGCCAGAUCAGAUCCGCGGCAAGCUCCUCGCCGAGAUACCGAGCUACGAGCUGCAGUGCGAGUACGACACGCCGAUCUUCUACCCGAUCCUGUGGACGAGCGUCUCGAUAUUGAUUGUCGCGCUGAUCUUCACUGCGGUUUUCAUUCUCCUCCGACGGCCAAUGGGCCAAUGGAGCUUCCGGGGCAAGGGCCGCGACACCGUCACGUACACCACCGUCGUGGAGUCGAACAACGACCUGGUGCGGAUACUCGCGGUGACCGAGAACCACGAUCGCAACGACGAGUGAAGCCUUGAUAGCCGAUGCACGGAAGAGAAAGAAGUCAAAGUAAAGCACGACGAAGGAGAUCACGGAAGAUCGUGGAGCCAGUAAAUAGAGAACGAGCUCCAACGAGCCCUGCGCCACCAAGAUCUUUGUUAAGAGUUACUCUGUAGUAGUAUAACGUAAGGUAAUGUAAUUGACGAUUCAUACGUAUUCCGGGAGAGAUCGUUUCCGGCCCGUUUCCUCACGAAUUCGUCGUCGGUGACGGACGCACGAUUCUCGCGAGAUGUGAAAAUAAUAACGGGUGUCUGUAUGCGUGUGCGAGUGUGUGUGCAUGUUACUUCGAGAAACGGCUCUGUUGUCUGCGAUAUUAAGAUCCCGCGAUAACUCUUGCGAAAACGGGAUUAACCCUGAGAGUAACACCCGACCCGCGAUCUUGACGCUGAAGUAAGUAACCACCAUAGGUCUCUCAGUCCUAUAUCACGAAAAAGAUUGUAAAGAUCGUGGUUUUUGGCGUUUCUUUCCGACUUUUACGAAUCAUUCAGUUUAUCGCCAAUUUUUAUUUAUUAUCUUUGUGCAUAUAAAAAAAAGCACAUAAGCCGUAUUUUUAAGCCCGGUUGUCGCUAGGAAACCAAUUUACCUCAUUGGAUCAAAUUGAUAAUAGCAAUGGGGUCGUAUGGGCCCAACUUUUUUCUGAGUAAUAGAGAAGUAGAGGAAGGGGAAUAUAGCGUCUUUCACAAAACGAAGAGGGAGUAAACCAAAAGAAAAUGCGUGUAGGCCUCGUGGGCGUAACAUGUUACUGUGAGGGUUAACGUUUCACAGAAAGUCUCGGCAUUUAAUCCGAAGCCGGCGACACGGAUAGACAAUAAGUCGUCUCACGCAUCCAAAUAAAUAGAUAUAUAUAUAUCUCAAAGUAAACCACCAAAACACCAAGGGGAAGUCACUCGUACCACGCCUCGUGAACCGAGGAGAGCGCAGGAUAGAUACUCGAGUACUCGCGAACAGUUCCCAGUGUCCGAUAACAAUGUGGGACCGGGCGGUCGAAUAAAACGUCCGUGUUUCUUUUUUCCCGGCGGUAAGAAUCGGCGUGUUUUAAAAACCCCUUUACCUUUGUUCCUUGCGCAGCUUCAACGUACGUCGGAGCCGCCAGCGGCACAAAAGCGAAGUAGAUACAAAGACCGCAAUGGCUCAUUUGCCCUGAAUGACGGCGAGAUCCUCUUCCGCGUAACAACGCGUAGCUGAACGCAUGAAUUAUCGUACGUGGCAUCUUGAGAACGCACUAAUUGAAAUUCCACGUGAUUCCGCCGCAACGGGUUCGGCCGCCGACGGUUGGUAAAAAGAGGGAGAGAGAAUCCUUCGCGGGCUCUUCAAAACCGAAGUCAACCUCGCAACCCCGCAAUCCCGUUUCCGAUAUUCCCUCCUUUCGAGCCGAAUAAAAGAUGCUGUCUUUCUCUUUC